CUCCAGGGCUGCCUUCAGUUUCUCUGCAUCUUCCUUGGAUACGUUGGCCCGGAUUUCCUGGGGAAGAGACUCCACUAGUUUUUUAGCCUGGUUUAAAAAAAAAAAACAGAGAGAAAAAAACAAGGCUCUGAACACUGGGGACAAGCACAAAGGGAAUCCUCUUAACCAGGUAAUCUCAGCACCCAUCUGCCGUUAGUCAUCUGCCACAUCCACCCUGCACCAGUAUGUCAUUUCCCCGCUCGCCUCUGUCAACCAGCACAAGUUAAGACGAUGCUGCUGUCACCUCAGGCAGAGAGGAACUGGGAGGAUCUGUGUGCAGUGCUCGAAGAUGUGCUGGAGGACCAGUCCCACAGGCAGCUGUUCGCCUUAGAGCUGGGCUCUGGAACCGGGCAGCAUGUCAUUCGCUUUGCCCAGAAGAUACCCUUUGUCACCUGGCAGCCAUCAGACAUCAAAGAAGAGUCUCGGGAGAGUAUUAAGGCAUACAUCGCUGCCAUCAAUGCAAAGAAUGUGCUGCAACCUGUUCACCUGGAUGCCCGUGAACCGUGGGAGAAAUGGGCUGGCCUUCCUCACAACUCCUGUGAUCUCAUUAUUGCUAUCAACUUACUGCAAUACAGCUCCUUCAAAACAGCACAGGGUGUUUUCAGUGGCGCAGGUCAGAUCCUCAGAUCAAACGGACUUUUGAUAACAUAUGGGGUGUAUGCUAUUAAUGGCAUCAUUACACCAAGCUGCAAUGAACUCCUGGAUGCAGAGCUUCGAAAUUUAAAUCCAGAAUGGGGCCUUCCAGACAUUGAUGUGCUCAGACAGCUGGCCUAUGGGAACGGGAUGCGUCUGGAGAGGAUGGUGAGUCACACACUAUUCACAGUUUGGGGAAUCGGUAAUAACUACGAGACUCAUACCUGUAAUGUUACUUUGCAGAUUGAGAUGGAAGAAUACUACAAAUGCCUCAUCUUCAGGAAACUUUAAAGAAGCCAAACUGCACAAAGGAGAGAAAUAAGUCCUUUUUUUAACGCUAUAAUGCACAAUUCUGAGUAGAUGCACUAAAGCACAUUUCAUCAUUUAACUCAGGCCUUUACACUUAUAAAAGACCAUUUUAAAACCAUCUCAUUUAUACGGAAACAUGAAUUAAUGUGACAUGCAACAUUG